UCAGCGAACGAUGGAGGCUUUCCGCUUUACCGUUAACUUUUGUGGGCAUCCAAGCACACCGCCAUAAACUUACAUACCGGUCAACAGUACAACAACAUCAAACUUGAUCAGGCAUAUUUUGUGCUUGAGUGGCUUGUUUGAUAAUGUUCACAAUUAAAAUUGUUAAUCAUGUGGACAUUUAGAAGCUAACGGCCAUGGAAUCGUCGGGACUUUUACCGUGGGAUGUCGUGGUUCUUGUUCUUUACCUCAUCUCUAUCUUAGUGAUUGGUAUAGCGUCACUAUGGCGGUCCAACAGGAGUACUGCAGAAGGUUUUUUCUUGGCUGGGGGAUCUAUGCUUUGGUUACCGGUUGGGGCCUCAUUGUUUGCCAGUAAUAUUGGCAGUGAGCAUUUCAUCGGUCUGUCUGGAUCAGGAGCCUAUGCUGGCAUUGCCAUUGCAGCUUUUGAACUCAAUGCACUGGUAAUGCUACAGCUACUAGGAUGGAUCUUUCUACCAGUGUACCUAGCCAGUGGUGUUUAUACAAUGCCGGAGUAUCUGCAGAAGAGGUUUGGGAGCAACCGCAUCAGGAUGUACCUUGCCAUUCUCUCACUUGUCAUCUACAUCUUCACUAGAGUCUCUGUGGACCUGUAUGCCGGUGCUUUGUUCAUUCAGCAAGCCUUAGGAUGGGACCUCUACCCAGCUAUCUUCUGUCUCCUUGUGAUAACGGCCAUCUAUACUAUCACUGGCGGUCUAGCAGCAGUCAUAUAUACAGAGACAUUACAAACAUGUAUCAUGUUGUGUGGAGCUCUAUGGCUUUGUAUAGCAAGUUUUCAUAAGAUUGGAGGUUACGCCAUGCUGGAGCCGCUCUAUGCCGAAGCCAUUCCUAAUGAAACAUUAUAUCGCAAUGAUUCUUGUGGGAUGCCAAGAGAUGAUUUCUUCCAUAUGUUGAGGAAUCCUGUGGGCUCAGACCUGCCCUGGCCUGGAUACUUCUUUGGACAGAGCUUCGUAGCCAUGUGGUACUGGGCAACGGACCAGGUGAUUGUCCAGAGAGCACUGGCAGCCAAGAAUCUCUCACACGGUCAAGGAGCAACAUUGUUAGCUGGCUUCUUCAAGAUUUCACCUCUCUUUCUCAUCGUUAUGCCUGGGAUGAUUGCCCGCAUAUUUUACACUGAUGUUGUUGCUUGUGUGGAUAAUUGUGAAGAAAUUUGUGGUUCCAAGACGAGUUGUUCAAAUCUUGCCUUUCCUCUUCUGGUGUUUGAUCCAGAUCUCCUACCUGAAGGAGCCCAUGGUUUAUUAACCGCUGUAAUACUUUGCGCCCUCAUGAGUUCACUAUCAUCCACCUUCAAUAGCAGCUCCACAAUAUUUACGAUGGACGUGUGGCGAUGGAUGCGAAAGAUACCUAGUGAUAGAGAGAUGGGACAGCUUCCGAGAGAGACAGCUCGGAAACAUGAAAUGGAGCUGAUGAUUGUGGGCAGGUUAUUUAUUGCUAUCAUCAUCAUGGUCAGUGUUCUCUGGGUUCCCAUCGUCCAGAACAACUCCAGCGGACAGCUAUUCGUCUACAUCCAACAGGUUAUAGCCCAGCUGGCGCCCCCUAUCACCGCUGUCUUUAUCCUCGCUGUCUUGUGGGAGGGCACCACAGAGCAGGGUGCAUUCUGGGGGCUUGUAAUCAGUUUGGUACUCAGCAUCAUCAGGAUCAGUUUGACUGUGGCUUUUCCAGAGCCUUUGUGCGGCGAGGUGGACAGUCGGCCGCCAUUCGUGGCUGCAAUCCUUGUUAACUACAUGUACUUUGCUCUGAUUCUCUUUGCUUGGAGCAUGAUGUGGGUGAUAGGAAUUAGCCAUUUUACAGAACCUGUACCUUCACAAUAUUUGUACCGCCUUACAUUCUGGACACGGUUCAGCAGAGAAGAUCGUCAAGAUAUAAUGGAGAUGAGAGGAGAGUCAGAACAAGAAUCCUUUGAAACAAAAGAAAAGGAAAGAGAGGUAAGAGAAAAGGAUGAAAUGGAAUCUUCAGUUGACAACUCUAUGGAACCUUAUCAUGUACUCAGGAAAACCAAAGAAGAUUAUCCCCUUAUCGAAAGAAAUGAGACAAGUCGAUGGCGUCGUGGAUGGAACUGGUUCUGUGGCAUCUCGUCACAAGAGGGCGUCCUAAUUACAGAUGAAGAGCUUGAGCAACGUGAAACGAAGCAGAUGGAUAAAGUGAUUCAGAGCAAGAGAGAUAGGUACAUCUUGAGCUCUGUAGCAGUAGUGGUAAUUGGACUUGAUAUCUUUCUUUUUGCGUACUAUGGUUGAUUUUACAACAAGGUACAGGUGUACUUGUUUGACGUCAGAUUACCGAUAAAGCGAGGUUUUGUGGAAUAAAUCACAUAUCUACAGAUUCCUCCCAAUGUUGAAAUCAUCAGUAAUGAUUUAUUUUAUUUCAAUAAUAAUAAUAAUAAUAGUGGGUUCUUGUACAGCGCUCAUGUCUGUCAGAUUUGACACUCCUGACGCU